CAGGAGUUCUAUGAAGAGACCGCAUGACCCCUCCGUGAACAUCGAACAGGAGCUUCAGGACUUGUCAGAGCUUCAGCAGCAGCAUGCAGAUGAGGAAGAGGUCCCAGCAGAGUUGAAGCAGCGGGUCAGAGUGCUGAAGAACAGGCUUUCUGCGAAGAAGUCGAGGGAGCAAGCAAGAGAGUAUGUCAAGAACCUCGAGGCCAAACUCGCAGUCGUCUCAACUGAGUCACAGAUCCUCGCACAUCGCCUCGCUACGCUCGAGGCAGAGAACGCCCAGCUAAGAGCCUCUCGAACGUUUCAUGACUGCCCGAGCAUGGAAGCAGGGAGGUUCCACAUGCCAUUUCCGGCGAGCCUCAGCUUUGAAGUUGGAGGAGAGAAGAAGAGAACGAUCAACGAGCCUGCAGUGCUCUCACAAACAUCCCUGCAGUUGGAUGCCCUUCUUCUCCUCCUCUCCACGGCAUGGGCUUCUCUCCUUCACGGCUCGUCUCCAUCGCAGAGGCCGCUGGUGCUCAUGGCUGCCUGGGCCUUGUCCUGCAUCCGCUGCUGGGCGAGCAUCCCUGCCAUGACUGCUCCUCCUUCGGGCUCAAGGCAGUCCCUCUUGAAGCUGGUUGCUCAGGCUUGGCGUUGCCUCCCUGGCAGGCGCAGCACCAAAGGCACGCGAUGGCGAGGGAUGCAGCGGAGGCGGCAGCUACUAUUUCGGCUGAGGAUGCUGUUGAGCAAGAUAUGACAGCUGCGGACGUAGACGAAAUCUUGCAGUGCCAAUUGAGAGUCAAACAAGAAGAGGAAGACAGAGGAAGACGGAGGGGGCAUGAAGAAGUUGGGGUGGAGGAUAGAGAAGGAGAGCAAACAUGUGCGAGUGAUGGAGGAGCGUUCAGUCUCGGUCAUUCUGACUCCUGCAUAGAGGCAUCUGAGUUCCUGGAGCGCUUCCUCGAGUGACCUUUGCUCCUCUUAUUGUACAAAAGAAUAAAGAAUGGCAUGAUG